AUGCGAAGUGCCUUACGCCGUUAUGAAUUACUUCUUCCGUUCAAUGCUUCAAAAGCAACUUCAGUUAUCAAAUCGACAGAUGAAAAUUGUUUGUCUGCACGCGUAGCUAUUGAGAAUCAUCUGACGUUUUUACUUGACUUAUUAAGUUUUUUAAAAUUUACAGCGCAAUUUUUUAUUUGCAUCAAAAAGGAAUCCAAAAACGACAAGGAGUGCGCUUUGGAAACGCAUAAAAAUACAGAUUCGGAACUGCUUCCAUCCUGGUGCAAACAGUCUAGCGCCGAUGACGGAUCGGAAUAUAUUACCGAUUUACCGAAAUUAUUUGUCGAUUUACCGAAAUUUUCCCUCGGCAAGCAAAUACCGACAGUGGAAUUGGUGAAGGCAAUGUUACAAUCUGUUUGGCCAAAAGGGAAUUGGAAAAUCCGACGACUUUAUAUUUAUUCCAUGGCGCUUCUUGUUGUGGCUAAAGUGCUGAACGUUUAUGUACCAUUUCUGCUGAAGAAUAUAAUUAACUAUUACAAUGAAUUGGUACCAGCCGAUCUUCAGCUGUCAGCUAAUAGUUAUAGCAGCAUGUUUGGAAUUGCGACAUUCUCAAUUAUUAUAACUUAUGGUGCUGCACGUAGUGGUUCUGCAUUAUUUAAUGAGCUUCGGAACGCAGUAUUCGCACGCGUUGCACAGUAUAGUAUUCGUAGCAUUGCGCGGCAAAUUUUCCUUCACUUGCAUUCUUUGGAUUUAUCAUUUCAUCUAAGCCGUCAAACAGGCGGUAUGUCGAAAGCAAUAGACCGAGGCACUCGGGGAAUGGCAUUCGUACAAAGUGCGCUGGUUUUUAAUGUGGUACCCACGGUGAUUGAAGUUAGCAUGGUUUCAGGAUUGUUGUAUGUCAACUGUGGCCCAUCGUUUACAUUUGCAACAUUAGGUUGUCUUUCAACUUAUAUUAUUGCGACGCUAGGAAUCACCAAAUGGAGGACCAAAUUCCGGCAUCAAAUGAACCAAGCUGAUAAUGAUGCGAGCAAUCGUGCUAUUGACUCAUUAAUCAAUUAUGAAACUGUCAAGUAUUUCAAUAAUGAAAGUUUUGAAGCGGAUCGGUAUGAUUUUUCUCUGAAGAAAUAUGAAAUAGCAGCGCUGAAGACAAGCACAUCGUUGGCACUUUUGAAUUUUGCACAAAAUGCAAUAUUUAGCGGUGGUCUUGUGGCUGUCAUGUGUUUAGCAGCAGCAGAAAUUGAAAAAGGUACAAUGAAUGUUGGCGAUCUUGUCCUUGCUAAUACGUUAUUGUUCCAAUUGUCGGUGCCAUUAAAUUUUCUUGGUUCAGUGUAUCGGGAAAUAAAGCAAGGUUUAGUUGAUAUGCAACUGAUGUUUUCAUUACUGUAUUUGAGGAGCAGUAUAACUGAGAAACCAAACGCUCCAUGUUUGAAGGUUGAUAUGGGAAAUUCGUCCAUAUCGUUUAGAAAUGUUACAUUCGGCUAUUUUCCGGGACAGCACAUAUUGAAAGGCUUAAAUUUGGAUAUUCCUUCUGGUAAAAAGGUAGCUAUAGUAGGUGGCAGCGGAUGCGGUAAAUCAACGAUUGUUCGACUUUUAUAUCGCUUAUUUGAUCCGGAGGAUGGCGAAAUAUAUAUCAACGGUCAAAAAAUUUGCGAUGUUCAACUUGAAAGUUUGAGAAAGAUGAUUUCUGUUGUACCUCAGGAUUCAGUCCUUUUUCAUGAUACUAUAUAUUAUAACAUACAGUAUGGAAAUCCAUCUGCGACUGAAGAUGAGGUUUUCUAUGUGUCCAGAUUAGCAAAUUUACAUGAUUCGGUGAUACGAUUCAAAAAUGGCUACGAUACAGUUGUUGGCGAAAGAGGUUUGAAAUUAAGUGGAGGGGAAAAGCAGCGCGUUGCAAUUGCUCGAGCAUUACUCAAAAAUGCUCCCAUUAUAGUUUAUGAUGAAGCGACUUCAUCGUUGGAUGCUUUAACAGAAGAAAGUAUUAUGAGUUCUAUGCGAAAUGCCGUACAGCAACGCACUUCACUGUUCAUUGCACAUCGUUUAGCUACAAUUAUCGACGCUGAUAUCAUCUAUGUGCUGGAAAAUGGAAAAAUGAUUGAGAGUGGAUCUCAUUUCACACUGCUUGCGAAACCUGAUAGCCGUUAUUCCCAUCUCUGGAAAUCACAACAUAAAUAUUCAGAAGUAGUACGCCCGAAACAGUCAACUUCUCCUGAUCAUAGGCCAGAACAUUUGAAUCUAGAAUCUCUCGAUAAUCAUCGUGACGAUGGCUGCUGUAGGUCAGGUGGCAGUUGUAAACGUUGA